CGCUCUUCUGCUCAUGCCUGCCAACUGCCGGGAGCCGGGAGAGGACAGAAGCGCCGGGGGCGGCCGCACGGCCUGGCGGGACUGCGGUCGUUCGGCGCUCGGCUGCUCGCGCCUGCCGGUUGCUAGGAGCCGGGGACGCUGGCCCGGCGGUCCGGGCCUGCGAGCUGCGAUGGAGCCCGGGAAGAGACACAGCGAGAGAAGGAACACAAGCAGGGGGAGUGGGAGAGGGAGAAGCAGGCUCCCACUGAGCAGGGAGCCCUAUGCGGGGCUCGAUCCCAGGACCCUGGGACCCCGACCCGAGCUAAAGAGAAGAACAAAAGAUGAUACUUGGAAAGCAGAUGACCUCAGAAAACAUCUUUUGGCUGCACAAUCAGGUAGUCCCAAGGAAGAUAAGAAACACAGAGAAAAGAAGCUGCAUAAGGAGUCAGAAAUGGACCUCCCUGAAUACAAAGAGCCGAAGCACAGGGACCCAGACCGAGACACCAAGUACAGAGAGAGGCCUGGCGAGAGAGAUGGCCACACCUCCAGGGAGAACCCUCAUGGGGACAGAGAAAGAGAAAAGCAAAGGGAAAGGAAAAAGGCCUCCAGAGACCGGGACAGAGAAAGGCAUAAAGAGAAAUACCGAGAACAGGACACAGAGAAGUCUCACAGUAAAGAAAAAGACAGGGACAAGGACAGAGACCGCAGAGCUAAGAGGGAGGAGCUCAGGCAGAUGGCUGCCCACCAUAACCUGCUGGGCCGGCAGCUCCUGGACAGAGCAGAACGCAAGAUGCGAGCAGUAAGCAAAGUGAGAACGGAAGAGAAGGAGAGGAGAGAUGAAGACCCUGAGAGGAGGGACGAAGAAAGAGAAAGACGAUACAGAGAAAGAAAGCUGCAGUAUGGUGACAGUAAAGACAAUCCUCUUACGUACUGGCUGUAUAAAGAAGAAGGCGAAAGGAGACACAAGAAGCAGAAAGAACCAGAUCGAGAAAGGAAACAUGGAGAAAAAAGCAGCACAAGGGAAAAAAGAGAAAAGUAUCCAAAAGAAAAAAGUAACUCCUUCUCUGACAAGGAGGGGGAAGAAAGACACAAGGAAAAGCGACACAAGGAAGGUUUUCAUUUUGAUGAAGAGAGGCGCCAAAGUAACACGGAUAAAAAAGAGAGGUUGUCGAGAGAAGAUCUUAAGAAAAAGGAGUCCAAGAACAGUGAACACCGAAACCGGGGUGCAAGUUCAAGGAGAGAUCCCACCGGCAGCUGGGAAGGAACGUAUGCAGAGGAUUUAGUAAGAAAUAAUGGAAAAGAUAAAGACUCAAGAAGGAAGCACAGCCGGGAAGAGGGCGCGUCGGCGUGGAAGCUGGCUCAGAGGCACGGGACAGAAGAAAUGGCGGAAAUUGAAAAGGAAGGCAUUGAUUCAGAAAAUGCUGGAGCUGAUGAAUAUAGAGCUUGCUUUGAAGAUGAUUUUGAAGAUUACGAAGAUGACUUUGAGGUUUGUGAUGGAGAUGAUGAUAGCUUUAACGAGCUGGAACCAAAAGAGAAAAUUGAAGAGCUUCCUCUGGCUAGAAAAAAGGAGAUACAGGAAAUUCAGAAAGCCAUUAAUGCAGAAAACGAAAGGAUCGGCGAGCUGUCCUGCAGACUGUCUCAGAAGCCAGGUCUGCUGGAGGAUGAAAACAGUUCCCCUGCCAGAGCCCCUGUUUGUGGAAUUUUUGUUGAUUUUGCAACUGCCUCACGCCGUCAGAAGAGUUGGACUCAGGCCCUUAAGCAAAAGACACGCAGUACAAAGCUGCUUCGGCUCAUUGACUUAGAUUUUUCAUUCACUUUCUCUCUCCUGGAUCUACCGCCAGUAAAUGAAUAUGACAUGUAUAUCAGAAACUUUGGGAAAAAAAACACGAAGCAGGCAUAUGUUCAGUACAAUGAAGAUAAUGUUGACAGAGACAUCCAGACUGAAGAGAUAGAGACCAGAGGGGUGUGGACCCAGCACCCCGGAGAGGGCACGGCCGUGUCAGGGGGGAGCAGGAGUGGAGAUCCCUGUGAUGUGGCCACUGCACCAAAGGUCGACACGCGCAGGCUGUCCAGCUUCCUCCGGGCGGCGUGCCAGGUGAUUGCGGUUUUGCUUGAAGAGGAUCGUGUGGGAGCCGAACCCGGCUGGUGCCCCGGGGCACAGGACAGCACCCUGCAUAUCAGUGAAAACUCCUCUCAGCUGAAUACCAGCCUGCCCUUCCUUCAGAAUCGAGAAGUGUCGUGCUUAUGUGCCUCUCAGGUGUGGAGACAGACGGUAGUGUCUGUGCAUGGGCCGCCCGGAGCCGCGUUCGCCCCCGCGCUGGACAGCAGAUACGUGCUGUGCGUGUGGGAUAUCUGGCAGCCUUCGGGGCCUCAGAAGGUCCUGAUAUGUGAGUCGAAGGUCACAUGUUGCUGCUUUAGCCCUUUUAAAGCCUUUUUACUGUUUGCUGGGACAGUGCACGGCUCAGUCGUCGUGUGGGACCUACGAGAAGACCCUAGGAUACAUCAUUAUGUGAAGCUGGGCAAUUGCUUCUGGACCUUCAGGACAGCAACGUUUUCUACUGAUGGUAUCCUGACUUCUGUAAACCACCGCAGUCCUGUUCAAGCGGUAGAACCCAUCUCCACGUCUGUCUACAAAAAACAGAGUUUUGUGCUUUCCCCCUUUUCUACUCAAGAAGAAAUGUCAGGUUUGUCAUUCCACAUUGCUUCCCUGGAUGAAAGUGGGGUUCUCAAUGUGUGGGUGGUGGUUGAAUUACCAAAGGCAGAUAUUGCAGGCUCAGUAAGUGACUUAGGUCUGAUACCUGGAGGGAGGAUAAAGCUGGUGCACAGUGCUGUGAUUCGGCUGAGCGACAGCCUUUCCCAUAAAGGCCAUGAAUUCUGGGGGGCCACACGAACCCUGAAUGUGAAGUUUCUGCCUUCAGACCCUAGUCAUUUCAUUGUGGGCACAGAUGUGGGUCUUAUAAGUCAUGGCACCAGACAAGAUUUGAGAGUAUCUCCCAAAUUGUACAAGCCCCAGCAACCUGGCAUGAGACCAGUCACAGUGAAUGUGAUUGAUUUUUCACCGUUCGGAGAACCAGUAUUCUUGGCCGGCUGUUCAGAUGGAAGCAUCAGGUUACACCAGCUGACGUCCGAGUGUCCUCUCCUUCAGUGGGACGGCAGCACCGACGGCCACGCGGUCAUAGGCCUCCGCUGGUCCUUGACCAGACCUGCCGUGUUUCUGGCCCAGGAUGACACAUCCUGUAUUUAUAUCUGGGAUCUGCUGGAAAGUGAUCUGGGUCCUGUAGCCAAACAGCUCAUCUCCCCAGACAGUUAUAGCAGAAUUUUGGGGCGAGAUCCAAGAAAGCCCAGGAUGGCCCCCUGGCACAGCGAGGGGCCAGGUGGGGCUUCGGUCUCUCUGGCCACAUGCAGCUCCCACUCAGCCACAGGAAGAUCUCACGGCAGGACGAGAGCAUCUUUUACCCGGAAGGUAACAAGGGACAUUCCAGAGCAUUUGGCACCUAUGUGUAAACGCGUAUGUGUAUGACUUGUUCAACUGAUGUGCUCUGCCUCCUUCGCUAGGCCAGGAGCUCUGUGGACAGAGAUGGGUCUCUUUCUCACCACUGUCUCUGAGGGCUGUGUGCCUGCCUCGCACACAGUAGGUGCUCAGCCAGUGGUGAAAGAAGCAACUGAGUGAGUUGGCAGUGUGACUCUCACUAAUACAGGGCAGAGUCCUACCAGAAUGCCUAGUUCACGACUUGUUGUGGAGAUUUUAAUUCUGGAAACAGGCUAAUCCCCCUGGCCCCUCAUCUACCAACCCCCCAAGUCCUUAUUUGUGAAAUUUGACCUAAACUGGAAUUGAGAGGAGUCUAACUACUCUAGUAAUAACGAGUGACCUCUGGCGACCUCCAGAAUAAGAAGGCAUCAACUUUGCAGCCAUACUAGCUCUUCUAAAUCCUCAUAGAGGCUCAGGACGCAGAAGGGAAAAAGCAUGGCCACCAAAAACUGGCCCGCUGAUGAGGAGAACUUCCAGGUGUGAGACCAUUGGACUCCACCGAGAAGUGCCAAUGACACCUAGGGAUUGAGGUCCUCCCACUGGAGCCUGUGUCUUGGACACAAGACUCUUGCCUGCAAAUCCCCCCUCCCCAAUCCUCUGGGGGAGCUGCUUCUCUGCUUUCAGACAAAGCUCCCCCAUGCCCACCACCAGCACCUGCUUCCUGCCAUUCACAUCGAGACCCCAACACCAGGGAAUAACAAGAGGGAGAUAAGUGCCAAAAUAUAAUUUUGCCAAAAUUAUCUUUGAGGACAUGUGGGGACUAGAAGGGUCCUGCCGGCAGUCGUUAUUGGAGGAGCCAGUUUUGGGGGGUUUUUCUCUUUGAAUAGCUUGUUCAGAGUGUCUAAGAGACAUUAAGGAACAGAAGAGGAGGCCCCAUCUGAGUUCAGUGGGUCUGCACUAGAAGGAGUCUGUUUAGGGCUGGACGUGUGCACAGCUCUCACCCCAGCGUCUAGAAGGAGAAGGUCCCACUGGACCCUGCUUGUUGUCAACCACAGAGUCUGGACCUUUGAAGGAGGAGUAGACCAAGAGUGAUGAGUGUAGUGCCGUGAAAUACAUUACUUGGCAAAGGAGAGAAUAUUAUUCUGAGGACCCAGAAAGGGAGCAGACAUCUGGAGACACUUGGCCAGAGGAAGAAAAACAGGCAAGCAGCAAACAACAAAAUGAUAGGCUAUAAGGAGAAACGGCUUCUAGAAAAGGAAUAGAAAGCCACAGGAGAAAACAGAUUUAACAUUAAAUGCUAGAGAAAAUGUGUAAAAUAAGAGUUAAAAUCCACACUGAAGAUGACGAAUGGGUACUUUCCUUUAGGAAUAAUAGGUCAGUGACGUACAGACUUACUUGAGGAGUUUCUCAGAAUGCAGAGGGACAAAUUGAUGAAAUAGUAAAAGUCCAGCGGUCCAAACUAGGAAUUAUAGGUGUUUCUAAGGAUGAACAAUUGGAAAAGAAGGAACAAUAAUUGUAGGAGGAACUUCCUGAGUUGAUAAAAGACCUGAAUAUACAUGUCAGAAGGCUCACUGGGAGGCGAUCCACAGACAGGAACAAGGUCAACAUUGCAUAAAACAUCAAUGUGCUUUCAGAAUCAAGGAAACGUAUUUUAUUUUUCCUCUUUUUUUCCCUCCUCUUUAGUUAAUUGAGCAUUUUUUUGAUUCCAUUUUAUGUCUAUUGACUUAGCACUCUUAUACCUCUUUUAAAAAGUAGUUAGUGGAUGUCCAAUUUUCCCAACACCAUUUGUUGAAGAGACUGUCUUUGUUCCAUUGGACAUUCUUUCCUGCUUUGUCAAAGAUGAGUUGACCAUAGAGUUGAGGGUCCAUUUCUGGGCUCUCUAUUCUGUUCCAUUGAUCUAUGUGUCUGUUUUUGUGCCAGUACCAGACUGUCUUGAUGAUGACAGCUAGUUAAUAGAGCUUGAAGUCCAGAAUUGUGAUGCCAUCAGCUUAGCUUUUCUUUUUCAACAUUCCUCUGGCUAUUCGGGGUCUUUUCUGGUUCCAUACAAAUUUUAGGAUUGUUUGUUCCAUUUCUUUGAAAAAAGUGGAUGGCAUUUUGAUGGGGAUUGCAUUGAAUGUGUAGAUUGCUCUAGGCAGCAUUGACAUCUUCACAAUAUUUGUUCUUCCAAUUCAUGAGCAUAGAACGUUUUUCCAUUUCUUUGUGUCUUCCUCAAUUUCUUUCAUGAGUAUUUUAUAGUUUUCUGAGUACAGAUUCUUUGCCUCUUUGGUUAGAUUUAUUCCUAGGUAUCUUACGGUUUUGGGUGCAAUUGUAAAUGGGAUCGACUCCUUAAUUUCUCUUUCUUCUGUCUUGUUGUUGGUAUAUAGGAAUGCCACUGAUUUCUGUGCAUUGAUUUUAUAUCCUGCCACUUUGCUGAAUUCCUGUAAGAGUUCUAGCAGUUUUGGGGUGGAGUCUUUUGGGUUUUCCACAUAAAGUAUCAUAUCAUCUGCAAAGAGUGAGAGUUUGACUACUUCUUUGCUGAUUCGGAUGCCUUUUA